GCCUGCUCGCGACACGAUGGGUCCUCCAUACCAGCUGACUCCAAUCGAGGCGAUGCUGGUAACUCCAGGCAGUUUCUGCCCGCCGUGUUCUCCAGGCAUUCAUGGCACUUUGGCUGUUUUUCGCUAUUUAAACCCAGCUUGACCCUCAGGUUUGAAUCUUCUAGCCUGUCACUCCAAACUUCGUCUUCCUUUAAUCACAUCGAAUUCCCCAAAUCUAUUUGAACUUGAGAGUCAAUCUUCCUCUAUUAAAGGCCAAUUCUUUUGUGCAAAGUGGUCUCCUCUCUCCUGUUGAAAAAAAAGGUCCCGUGUGAUGCCGUACGCUACGCACUGGGUUUGCUGUCGCUGCAAAUUCGGCCCAAUGAGUAUCGAAAACUAUCCUGCCUGCAUCAAUUGUCAACACCGCGGAGCAAAAUCACCUUGCUGCCACCACGAGUGUUUGCGAGACCACGAUAGCUACCACUACGCAGCAGAAAUGUCGUCCUACGCAGCACAACGCGAGCCAGAAUUUGACAACCCCGCGGUAAUCUCAAUACCUCAAAUGGGCCAUGACCGUCGGUACUUCCGCGCAGCGCCAACGUACCUAUAUGUCUGCUGCGGCUGCGGAGAUGGCCCAAAAGUCUACCAGCUCGAGCCUCGAUGCGUUAACUGCUCUCAUGAUGCUUGCCCCUACUGCCGCUAUGUCAAAUAAGUUUGAUAAUAGCCAUCUAGGGUAAAUCGGUUGCGAUUGUCCUUGCCUGUUUAUUUCGAGUCGUUCGCCAUGCACCCUGCGAUUCGACGAAACCUUUUCUUUUGACGAGCGUUUUUUAGCGAUGUAAUAUUGGAAUGGAUACAAUGACGGGAUUUUUGAUGCACGAGUUACGGAAAUUUUCAUAGAGGUUAUCGGCAUUCACUUGACUUGGU